AUGAUUGAUUUCCCUGGCUCCGAGUGUCUCUUUUUGUUUGUCUACGUUACUACUUUUGUAACAGGGCUUCCUCUGAACUUAAUAGCCCUUUGCACACUUAUAAAAAAGUGUCGGCAAAAUCUUCUCCCUGUGGACAUUCUGCUGAUAAACUUGACCAUUUCUGAUUUGAUUCUUCUGUCAUUUCUCCCAUUCCGUAUGGUGGAGGCAGCAUCCGAUAUGAAGUGGACUAUGCCCUAUGUCCUUUGUCCUUUGACCAAUUAUAUGCACUUCAGUAGUAUUUAUAUCACCUCGCUCUUCCUCAUGGCCAUAAGUGUGGAGAGAUACUUGGCUAUCGCUUUCCCGAUAAAGUACAAGCUGCUGCAGAAACGCAUCUACUCCUUGGUGGCCAGUGUCUUCAUUUGGUGCGUGGCAAUAGUCCACUGCAGUAUUGUCUACAUUGUCGAAAGUGUCGUGCCUAUUAAUGAGACAGAAACCAAUGUGACAGUGUGUUAUGGUGCAUUUACACCACCCCAGUUGGCCAUUCUACUGCCUGUACGCCUGGAGAUAUGUCUUCUGCUCUUCUGCGUCCCAUUUGUGAUCACCGUCUUCUGUUAUGUUAGCUUUAUCAAGAUUAUUAUGUCGCAGGCUCGCAUACAGAGGAAAAGAAAACUAAGGGCCAUUGGGCUGGUGGUGGCCACUCUCAUCAACUUCAUCAUUUGCUUCAUGCCCUAUAACGUAUCGCAUGUGGUGGGCUUUAUCAUAGGCGACAGUCCGAAUUGGAGGGUCUACACUAUGCUCCUCAGCACUUUUAAUGCAUCUGUGGAUCCUAUCAUAUUUUACUACUCAUCAGCCUCAUUCAAGAAAGCAUUUCUGGAGGGCCUUCUGCAUGUGAUGAAAUCACUCAAUUUUGGAUCGCGUCUGUAUAAAUAUUGCAUUGCGUAUUUUGAAAAAGAGAAUGAAGAGACAAGAGCUUCUUGCUGA